AUGCCGACAGACAGCCAUGCGCUGGCGGUGGAGCAAAUCCACCCUGACCAGGACGAAAAGGGCAUCGUACAGAAAGCUGGAGCAACGACUGGUUUGACGGAUGUUGGAUGGAAUCGACGACCGGAUGAUGUUGACAGCCCCCUUGUUGCGGGCUGGUCCAACGAAGAUCUCUGGAUGUUGAUCAGACGCUUCAAUAAGCAAAUAUACCGUGUCAAAGCAGUUCCAGAGCCCCCGAUGGCUGCUCUUGAUCUCAACGUAGCCGACGAUGAAGAGUUUUCACCGGACAAGCUCAGAAGCAAGCUGGAGCGACUUUAUGUCACAGUGAUCGUGUCACUCAUUGCCGCGGGAAAGCAUAUAGUGCGGUUGCGCUCCUGGAGGGAGCCACGCCGAACGGCGGCAUUUUGCGCGGUCUACUUUCUUGCCUGGCUCUUGGACCUCCUGACUCCUACUCUCCUCGGUACAGUCCUAGUUUUGAUCAUGUAUCCGCCUUCCCGGAAACUGUUGUUCCCUCCGGCUCCAUUGGCUCUCGUCGACUCCAAGACAGGAUCGGUUAAGACUCCCAAGGCAGGAGUACUAGGCUCACAUGAUAGUGUGACGGGUGCCCCAGAGAAGCAUCGCGGGGAGGCUGUCGAGCAAGAGGCCAGCAACCUCGUUUCCAGUGUAGCUAGUGUGGCCGUGGGAAGUGCUGUUGGAAAACAUGAUCAAGGGACACCAGAAGAUGAUCCUAUUGAAGGAUCAGCACCGGACCCCACGGAUGUUGUUGCCUCGUCGGCAGAUGCAGCGAGUGCUGGUCAAGGCGCAGUCCCAUCUGAUGCCCACGACAAGACUAGGGAGCCAAUGAAGAAAGAAGUCUGGGAAAAGGUGCAGCCAGUCAUGCGUAUUCUGAACGAUGUCUGUGAUACCUGGGAAAAGUUUGAAAACGCACUUUCUCCAAAGCCGCCAUUCUCUAAAUAUGCUCCCCUACAGUUAGCAGGAGUCCUGCUCCCUGCUUUCUUGGGUUCUCUCGUGACACCAUGCUAUGUGUUUGUCAAGAUGAGCACAUUCUUCGUUGGCUUUGGUUUCUUUGGAGACCCGAUCAUCAGACGCGGUAUGACGAUGUUGAACCACAGGUUCCCGCACUGGGAAAAACUCCUGGAGUUGCGAAACACACUUCUCAAGGGGAUUCCCACCAAUGCUCAGCUUGCGAUUACUCUUCUUCGAAUCGGCGAAGCGAAUGGUGCUCCACUCCCACCUCCUCCUGGCUCCGAGCUGGAAAGGGCCCCAUCGCGGCCUGCUUCACUGAACAAGGAGGAAAUUCCUUUGGACGCUUCGCACCACGAGAUUGAACAAGCCGCAACUGGACAAACAGCCGAGGCCAAACAAAUCACUGGAUCUGGAAACGACCAGAAAUCGCAACAGGGAGGCAAGCAGAAGAAGGGAUUCAUGUCGUCAGUUGUAGCAUUCAUCAGAGGAACUACUGCCAAGAGCAUGGAGACUAAGCUUGCUGUGGACCGUGCAAGGGCUGCUGUUGGUUCCAAGAACGCAAAGAAUCAUAUUGGUGUCCUCUCCCUAAAGGGUCAACAGCCGGCGCCUGGCGGGCCUGUCGAAUUCGAGGCUAGAUAUAAGGGCAAACGUGGGGCGAUCGUCGUCGAUACAUCCAAAAAGCCAGCCGUUGUUUAUUUCACCACCAAGCCAGUAUCAGAAUCUGAACAGUUUGACCAGAACAAGAAGAGCGAGAAAGAAGUUCUCUUUUCGAUGCCUAUCGAUGAUAUUCAGGAACUGAAGAAAGUCGGAGGUAUUGGAUGGAAAGGAAAACUCCUCGUCGGAUGGGCAGAAAGGCACAAAGAAGUCAUCGAUGGCUUGAUCCUUAGUGGCCCAGACCCGCAACGAUCCUAUCAUGUCACCGCUAUGAAGUCAAGAGACUACCUCUUCAAUCGCCUGAUUGCAAUUAACGGUCAGGUGUGGCAGACAUAUUGA